AAUAGCGCGUGUAUACAUUAUCUUUCAAGCACUUUGAUCUCUAAAUAUUUUUCGUGAAUCCUUUGUUUCAAAUGCAGUUGUGUACAUUAGGUAGUUUACAUUAAAUUAAGUCGCAAUUAAAACAACUUCUAAUAAUGGCCUUAAAAAUAAAAAUGUUCUUUCCCCCCAAUGCGGAAGAAGUAAAAGUACACAAAGCAAUAGAUCCUUACAAAAUUUUAAUAACUCCAAACAUAAAAAAUUUUUACAAUACUAUCAGCCGAAUAAAUGAAAAGCUACGGAUUGAAUCAAGACGAAUUGAAGAAUUAAAUGAAGGCACGGAAGAUAACAAGUCAAAGCUUGCUAUUGGAACACUGACAAUUGUGCAUAAAAAAAUGUCAGACAAAGUUGAUCUUCCUGCUUGGCAUUGUCGUGCGUUGAUAACAGGAUUCGAUGAAAAAAAAUCCAAGUAUUCAGCAUUUUUAGUAGACUAUGGAGAUAUUGUUAAAAUGAAUCGAGAAGCUUUUAUGGAAGUUUCACCGACUAUUCUUUCUGACCCUUAUCUUACUGAAUUUAUUGGUCUAUAUAAUAUUUUACCUGUUUCCAAGUAUCAUUCCAAAAAAGAUAAACCCGUAAAAUUAAAUAUUGAGCCCAAGUGGACAUCAGAAGCUAUAGAUUUGAUGAAGAGUUUAUUAUCUGUUUCGGAAACAGUUUAUUUUGAGAUUCAGUCGACUUAUCAGAAUAAAAGAAAGUAUGGAGAACUUCAUUUAGUUAUAAAUAAAAAGUUAAUUCCAUUAACAAAAGCAUUAAUACAUGCUUAUGUUGCUAUUAGUUGUCUCAAUAAUACUAUACAUUCCAAUAGUUCCAUCGAACUUAACAAUUUGGAAGAUUCUACUACAACUGAUAAAUCAAGUGAAGAUAUUUUAGAUAAAAUUUCAAAAUGUCAAAUAAAAGACAGAAGAUUCGGGUUUGAUGACAUUUUCGUAAAUAGUGAGUUAGAAUGCAAACCUUUAAACAAUAUUAUUGAGGCAAAAUAUCCUAAAGGGGUUCAUAAAGGUUUGAAACAACUAUCAAUAAAUAAUUUAUGGAAAAUACAAUCACACAUGUGGUCAGCAAUUGCUAAGGGAUUUGAUGUGCUAGCAGUUGCGCCGAUAAAACAUGGCAAAACCUUCGGAUUUAUUCCUCCCAUCACAAACAUCAUAAUAAAAAUCAAGAAUUAUCAAGAGAAAAAUUUUCCGUUGGUUUUAAUACUCUGCGAGACAUCGAUAGAAGUUUUGAAGACUUACGCAAUUUUUAUGGAUCUACUUCCAGAUCACUAUAAAGAAAUUCGAGUAAUUGCAGCUCAUAAUGGAUGUACUGAUAGAUCAGUUACAGCUCAAAUAUUUAAUGGGUGUCAUGUUUUUAUCUCAACUCCACCAUUUUUGCUUCGAUAUUUGAGUGAUGAACAUCAUAGAGAAAUUUUGAAAUUUAAUUAUAUCAGUCAUUUAGUCAUUGAUAAUUUAGACAUGAUGAUAAAAAAAUAUUUAACAUCUUUAAAUCAAUUGUUAUAUACAUAUACUCCUGUUGCUGCGACUAAACAAAACAAUCUUUCUGAUCUGAUGGCUGUUCAAAUUAUUGCAACUUCAAGAACUUGGUCUGUGGAUGUUGAAAAAUUCAUACGAAUUUUUAAUAAUCCGUACAUCUGCAUAGGAUCAUUUGCAGAUGCAGCUAUUUUUUGCCGAACGAAAUUGAGAACUCGUCUUGUUUUGAAAGAGAGGAAAAAAGAAAGAGUUAAAGGACUUCUUGGGAAUAUUUAUAAAAUGGUGAAAACGAUGAUUAUUUGUGCAAAUGAUGAAGAAGCUGUAGAGUUGAAUGAAUAUUUAAAAGACAAUUUUGAUACCCUAUUAGCUAAUACAGAAAUGGUUUUUACAGAUAUAUCUGUAAUCAAAGAUUCAUGGAGCGCCAGUAUUUCUGGGAUGUAUAAAUUAUUAAUUUGCACCGAUGAAGUAUUACCUGAUCUAAAUAUUACUGAUGUAGAUUGGUUGAUUCAUUAUUCAAUUGCAGUAUCAUGCAAAAGUACUUUUCUUUUUAGAUUUUCGACUUUGAUGGCAAACUUAAAGAAGAAAUCACCCAAAAGUGAAGUAACUAUUCUUAUUGAUGAUUCAAAUGAUGUACAACUUCGUGGAGUUUUAGAUCUUGUACAAAGAUCAGGCUAUAAUUUUUCAUCAGAACAAUUGAGUGCAUUUGAAAAAAUUUAUAUCAACAUUGAAUACAAGAAGAAAGCAUUUGCUAUUUGUGAUAACAUUAAAACACUAGGAAGUUGUUCAACAUUGAGUACAUGUACUUAUAGACAUUGCUUUAUUUCUGAUGUUGAUACUCCCACGUGCGGAAUAUCAAUUGGAGAUGAAAUCAAGUUUAUUAUAACUUACAUUCACAGUGCUACUCAUUUUUCUGCUAAAAUUUUAGCAUACAUAAAUAAUGAAAGAGAAGAAUAUAAAAUAUCAGAGAAAGAUCAUGCUUUCAUUGUUAGUAAAGUUUCUGCUUUUUAUGCAAAUAAAGAAAACAGAAGAAAAAUUAAGACAAUAGUUGCUGGUGGAUUUUAUGGCUAUGAUACAUCUUUCGAUCAGUAUCAAAGGGUGCAGGUUAUUAAUAUUACCAAAUAUGAUGAUCGAAAUAAUCCUUCUGUCGUUGACAUAAGAUGUAUUGAUUCUGGACUUGUUUACAAACAUCAAAGGGUUAGUAAGCUUGUUCAGUUACCUGAAGAAUUAGCAAAAGCUCCGUCGUAUAUUGUAGAAAUUUUUUUAACAAAUAUCCAACCUUAUGAUCAAGAAACUGAGUGGAAUAAUUAUGCGACUGAAUGUACUGAACGAUGGUUUAAAACGGAAUUACGAAUGAACAAUUUUUUACAAGCAAAGGUUUGUCUGCGGCUUGGUUAUACUUUAUGGGUUGAUCCUUUAGAAGUACGAAUGAAAAUUCCCGGCCGAGGAGAAAUAGUUAACAGCUCUUUAAAACGUCAUUUAAUUAAAAAUAAACACGGAAUUAAUUAUGAAGAUCAUUUGAAAACAUUAAUGAAAAUGUGCUUUAAUGCCGGUAUAAUUAGUGUAUAUAAUGCUUGAAAUUGUGUACAGAAAUUAACAAAUUUUUUUUUCUUCACAUUUUUUAUUUAUUUUAUUAUUCAGAUAUCGAUCUAAUUAUAUAUUAAUUUCAAUUUUUUGUCAUAAAAGUAUUAAAUUUUUUUUUCAAUUUCAAUCGAAUAGUAUUAUGCAUUUAGAUAAUGUCAUUAAAAAAAUAAUAAAAGACAUAUCGAUUGAAAGAAAAUACAAGGAUUGUUAGGUAUAAUUUACAAUGGAUAUUGAAUUUAAAUAAAUUAGUUGGUGAUUACAGUCUAAAACGAUAGAUCGGUCUUUGUGGACCUUGUUGCGAACAAAUACUGUUCGGAUCUGUUGAUCCACAGCAAGACCAAUGUUUAACAUGAAGAUGUCCGGGGUGUCCAUGGCCACAACCUCUGUAGCCACCUUGAAACAUUAUUUAUCAAAUAAAUCUUUUAUCCAUUA